CCCCGCCGGCGCUUACGCCCCUCGUUUAAAAAGCUGGGGACGCCUCUUCAGCGUUACCUGCUCCUGAAGGAAACAAACCUCACAGACUGUGUGAGACAGACAGACACGCGAGCCGACAGACAGGAGGAGAGACAGGCGAGAGACACCCCCGCAUAGUUUCCGUCAGCCGGGUGACGUCUCCGCCUCUCGGCCGUGUGCAGCGUGACGUUACGGCGCUGUAGUGGAGCCUCUAGCUGCAUCUUGUUGACGCUCCGCCAGGCUUUUCCAGUACUGAGAGGACCCCGGGAGAGUGAGGACGGCCGUUACACAGCGUCCAGGCAACGGAUCAGACGAUAGAAAUCUUCAGUAACAAUCAUGCAUGUGUCUCAUCGCCAGAGGAUUUGAGAAGAGUUAAGGAGGAAAAGAGACCCAGAGGAAUACGAGUACUUGGUCAGCUCGCAGAAACGACAAUAACCCUGUGCUUAGAUAUGGCCAGCACCCAGACCAGCCUGAAAACCCCUUUCAAAGACUUGACCUCAUUCAAGGGCAACAUGAAACGGCUGUACAGAGAGCGGCUGGAAGACGCGCCCAUCAAGAAGCGAGUGAUGGCGGAGAUCAACCUGAAGCGUCGCAGCUUGGACUCCCUCCCCAAAACUCCCAAGGUGAAGAGGGAGCAGAUUGAGGACCCACGCCCCGACUGUGACAUGGACAUGGAAGGCCGGGCUGAACUGCACAUUAUGGGCUCUACUAAAGCCCUGGACCUGAGCCCUGGGCUUAAACACACACUGGCCCAGUUCACCCUCAGCAGUCAGAGCUCCCUCGGGGGCCCGGCCGCCUUCUCUGCACGCACGGGCCACGAGCAUUCCCAGGCCGGCAUGCCCCCCCUGCCCUCCCCUCCUGUUUUGGGAGGGGGCCCUCUGCUGGUUCCUUGCGACAGCUCUACUGAACUCACCCACUCCCUGCUGGAGGGAGAGUCCAUCUCCUGCUUCGUUGUUGGGGGCGAGAAGCGGCUCUGCCUGCCCCAGGUGCUCAACUCCGUGCUCCGCGACUUCUCACUGCAGCAGAUCAACACCGUGUGCGACGAGCUGUACGUCUACUGCUCUCGCUGUGACGCCGAGCAGCUGCACAUCCUAAAGGUGCUGGGCAUUCUGCCGUUCAACGCGCCUUCCUGUGGCCUCAUUACACUGACCGAUGCACAGCGGCUCUGCAACGCUCUGCUGCGUCCUGGUGCAGCCCUGCCUGCUGACCCCAGCGGUAAGCUGUCAGCCCAGGGCCUCCUGAAGGAGAGUGAAGCCAGCUUCCAGGUGGAGCACCAGUGUCUGGGGAAGUGCCAGGGUCUCUUUGUGCCCCAGUUCUACACCCAGCCCGAGGCGCCCUGCAUCCAGUGUGUGGAGUGCCAGUUGCUCUUUUCACCGCAGAAGUUUGUCAUGCAUUCGCACAAGUCACCCGAUAAGAGGACCUGCCACUGGGGCUUUGACUCAGCCAAGUGGCCCUGCUACCUGCAGCUUGCCAGAAAGUACCAGGGGACCCCGGAGGAGCCCAGACUCAAGCAGCUGCUGGACGAGGUCAAAGAGAAGUUCCACUAUCAGCUCAAGAGGUCGCUAGACAAAAAGGUGGUGGAGGAGGAGAGCCAGGUGAGGAAACCCUCAUUAGAUAUCUGCUCCACCGGCGACAAGUUGGCUGAUGCUGACCCAGCGAGGAAGGGGAAAGCAUCUCCACCGACUCUUGUGUUCAACCGGCUUUUCUCAGAAAUCAAGGAGGAGCCAGGACACCCCACCCUGGUCCAUCCCAGUUACUACAUGUACACAUACGAUAAGAUGGUGGCUCCCAAUGUGUCACUGCGAAGGGAGGCGGAGAUGAGCCCCGAGAUGCUGAGCGCACUGCUCAAACACCACUACAGUCGCAGAGUGCUGGGCCACGACGAGCCGCCAAUGGAUCUUCACGCGUCGCCUGCUGUCGCUGCUGGCGCCGGGGAGGCCAAAUCCCAAUGUGCUGCUGCUGACUCGGCCACUGAGAGGGAAUGCCAAACCCAGGCAGUUUCCAUGGAGACGAGCAGCCCAGGCUACAAGAAAGCCACCCACAUCACCGCCCACACCCCUCCUCCCCGUCCUCCUCCUGCGUCGCUGUUGUCAUUGGUAACGGAUGUAGCAGCUAAGGACGUGAGCUCUGCCACGAGCGGUGUUGUGGCAGCGGUGGGGGGGCUGGAGGACGACAAGGACAGGAUUGUUGUGGAGAUCAUGCAGAUGUACAGCAGGCAGCAGGAGAAGCUCAACUCCACCCUGCACAAGCAGCUGCAGCUGGAAAUGGAGCUGGAGACUUUGCGUGGUGGCGAAGCGGCGAGGCUACGGGAGCUGAGCGCCGAGCAGCAUGAGCUGCGCAGCGAGCUGGAGGCGGUGCACAGCGAGCAGGCACGGCAGCUCAGCCAGGCCCGCCAGGAGCAGCUGGAGCUGGAAACCCGUCUGGAGCAGCUCCGACAGCAGGCCUGCGCCUGCGAGCCAGGGGCACAGCGCCAGCAAGAGGCCCACUACACAGCACAGUUGUCCGACCUGCGUCAGAGGCUGGAGCGGGCGGAGGCUGACCGGCAGGAGCUGCAGGAGGAGCUGCGCAUGGAGCGGGAGGCGCGUGAGAAGCUGGAGCGCACGAUCGCCCAACUGAAGCAGCAGAUGGCCCAGUCUGGCACGAUGGGAGGCAGCCCCUCUCCUCCUCCUACUCCCUCCACCGGACCCCCUAACGCCCACUCCCCACCCUGCUCAGAGGCCCCAGCGGCUGGCCAAAAGUAACUGCCGCCCCUCCGGGCGCCUCCCCUCCCUCCCCUCAUUCCUUUCCUCAUCACCCGCCAAGUGUACAGACACAAAAAGAUCAGCCCAAAGCUGAAAGGAGCGUCACGUCUCCUCAGGCUGAUUUGAAGUUGUGCAUUACGCUCCCCUUUUGCCUAGUGUAGGACGGACUUUUGUUUUUGUAAUUCAAUGAUCACUUAAAAAAGGAAAAAAAAAAGUUGUUUUUUUUUGUUUUUUUUUUUAAUUUUCACUUCCCUCUCUUUAAACAGUAUUUAAAGGUUUUUGGGCAUGUAUGUUGAGUUUAAUUUAUAGUUUUUACUGAACAAAUAGCUGCUUCACAGACUGGAGACUGGUCUACUGAAGACCAACUCAAUCCUUCACUAUAACCCACCCCGACCCUCCCUGUUCUCCAAUCCAUAUUCUCCGACCCUCCCUUCCUGCUUACUGGUUUCUGGAGCUAAUAAUGACUUUGACUUUGAGAUUUUGGAUACAGAUUCGCUGAUCCUUGUGGACGUCACAUCACGCUACUACCUGGCACAGCGGCCAGUACUCCCGAACACAUGGCGCCGCCUGACCCGUGCCCCUACUCUGUCUUUCUGUAUGUAAAGCCCAAGUACCAGCGACCGCAGGAAACUGCACGGACAUUUUAUUACAUUGUGUAACAUGCGAAAACAUCGAGUCUUUAUGGGGGACAAAGACCUUUACUGUACAAAAAAAGAAAAAAAGAAAAAAAAUGGACCUCAUGAAAAUAUGCCAAUAGUGAUGCUGAACUUGAAAUGAGUGUUUUUGGGUGUGAUCUCUACAAGGUAGCUAGCUAGGGAGUAGUGUUUCCUGCACUACAGCUGCUCCUAGCGACAGACUGGUUUUCUCCUCUCUGCUGGGCCACCUGGGCUCUCCUGAUGUAGACCAAACAGUCUGCUAGAUGAACCACCAGCUGCCCCGCAUCUCCUCUGAAGAGCCCACACCUUCCAUUGUCCUCUGCUCGGAAACUCCUUAACACUGUGUAUUUUUAUGUUUUUACUUUUUCACCUCUAGCCUGUCUAUCUUCAGGCUAGAAAGGAAACACUGCUGUUUUCAGGCUCGGCUUGAAGAAGCUCACUAACAGUGUUGUGCACUCCUUGCGCCCCCCCCCCCCCCCUCCCCCCCUCAGAUCCCUCUGGGAAAGGAAUGCGUCUGGACACGGGGGCCAUGCCGAGCCGAAAGAAGAAAGGCAGAGCCCUCGCGCGCGGUAGCGUGCCGUGUUACUAUACUUCAUGCAACAUCCUUACGUGCCUGCACACACUCGACCGCGUCGGUGCAGUGCAGGCAUUCAGGCAGAACAAUGGCCCCAGAGUUCCCAGCAGAUGAUCAAAGCUGCAGUCUGCCUCUCUGCUUUCAGGCUUCUUUAUUGUUAGCAGACAGUUGUAUCCUCACCCUGCUUGCAUGUGAGAAGUGGGUCGCAGGUGAAGGCAGUUAGUCCAGGGUGGUUUGGGUCCUGCUUUCCGUUAUUCUGCCUGACUGAACAAACAGGACCGGGCAGGCAGGGAGAGGAAGAGCGGGAAGGAUUGAGGACCCAGAGGAAUAACGCACUCUCCCCCCACCUCACCCCUGCGGCAGGCUGGGUGGCCCGUUUGCCGGCGGUACCGAGGGAGGCUUUUUUCUUUCUUUCUUUUUUUUUUUGUGCCGUCAGAAUCGGGGGCAGCUGCUGUUGUCUGAGGCCCUCUGCCCACCCCCGAGCCAGACUGUACAGGAUCUCCCAGCCAGCGCCUCCCUCUCUGCCCCCUCUCCCACAGUCACUCGCUCACACAGCCCGUGCAUCCGCCUCCUGCGUCAGAUCAGCUGGGGGUGUGCGGUGCUUUUUUGUUUUUGCUUUUUUUUUUUUUUUUUUUUUUUGUCAGAGCCCAGGAGAGCUUACAGACGUCCAGCCAGAGGAAGAGAAAACUUUUGUGUCAGUUGCCAGGCAAAGGAGCUUUUUAUUGCCACUAAGAAGAUCCCGGUUAAGCGAGCGAGCUUGUGUGUGUGCGUGUGUGUAAAUAAUCGUGUGUGUGUGUGGGGGGGUGUGGGAGGUGGUUUGCCUCGGUUAAACUCUGAGCUUUUUUGUUUUCUUAAUGCAUCUGCCAUUAAUGCAAAUUGAUAGACAUUCCACUGUGCUCCAUCCUGUUUUCUCACACAGCUUCCCUUUACGAUGACAGAGCUGAAGAAGCGGGCAGUUGUGGUUUGUUGACAGUCAGAAAAGCAGGUGCAGGUGCACAAACCAGUAAAAAUCAACCCCCAUGCCACAAAUGUACACUCUACUGUUGUUCCAUUUAAACCUUUAUUGAAAUUAUGAAAGAAAAAUAUUUAACGUAUUAACUAAAAGAUUUAUAUUCACUUUGUAAAUACAGUAGUCAUUAAUAUAUUAACUGUUCUUAUAAAUAAAUAAUCUUAAAAGGUUAUAAUAUUUGGAUCAGAACCGAGGCUUCAGUCAGCCCCAGUGUUUGUUUAUUUUUCUUUUUUGCUUUCUUCAUGAAAACUGAUGUGAGAACUUGACUUUGUGUGGAUGUGGGGGAGUGGAACGCGUGGUUUACUGAGAUGCGAUGCAGGACAACGGCAAAAAAUAGGAAAAUAUUACUUUGUUACACACUCCCCUCCCUUCUUUAUGAACUGAUGGAAAUACUUUUUUGUGGAUUUCAUCAUAAUGGACUGUUUACUGUGUAAUGUAAGCUGUUUUCCUCCUUACGUCUCCUCUGAGCAAAAUUGAAAAUGCUUUGUGGAUAAAAUGAAAACUUUUCUUUUC